AUGUCUUUCAAUUGUAUUGGACGCGCAACGCUAUUUGCCGAAGUUGGACGUGAUGAUAUUCAGAGCCAUACCUUCAUCAUCCAGAGAUCAUGGUCCGUGUUAAACUGA